UUCCCUCCUGGGUCUCUGCCUCCUUCCAGCUGGGACUUUUCUUCUGGCUACUUCUCUGGAUGUUCUAGUAACCAUGAGCCGCCAAUUUAGCUCUCAGUCGGCAUUUAGCUCCAGGAGCAGGCGGUUUUACAGCGCUGGUUCUUCUGCAGGCUCUGGUGGGGGGAGUCGAGCUGUGGGGUCUGUGUGUCAGGUCCGAGGCAGGUGUGGUGGUGGUGGUGGUGGGUAUGGAAGCCAUGCCAGGGGGUUUGGUUCUAGGAGCCUCUACAAUCUGGGAGGCAGUAAAAGCAUCUCCAUUAGCUUAGUGGGGAGAAGUGCCAGUGGUUUCUGCCAGGGUGGGGGAGCAGGAGGGAGAUUUGGAGGAAGGGGCAGAAGUUUUGGGGGAGGUGGUUUUGGAGGUGGUGGCUUUGGGGGUGGUGGUUUUGGAGGUGGUGGCUAUGGAGGAGGUGGUUUGGGGGGUAGCAAUUUUGGGCUUGGGGGCUUUGGUCCUUCCUGUCCCCCAGGGGGCAUCCAAGAGGUUACUAUUAACCAGAGCCUACUUCAGCCACUUCACUUGGAGGUGGAUCCUGAAAUUCAGAGAGUCAAGACCCAGGAGCGGGAGCAGAUUAUGGUCCUCAACAACAAGUUUGCCUCCUUCAUUGACAAGGUGCGAUUCCUGGAGCAGCAGAAUCAGGUGCUACAAACAAAGUGGGAGCUGCUACAGCAAGUAAACACCUCUACUUGGACGAAUGACCUGGAGCCCAUCUUGGAGAACUACAUCAGUGAGCUGCGGAGGCAGGUGGAUUUUCUCAGUGCUGAGCAGAUGCGCCAGAACACAGAAGUUAGGAACAUGCAGGAUGUUCUGGAGGGCUACAAGAACAAAUAUGAGGAAGAGAUCAACGGGAGGACCAACACUGAAAAUGACUUUGUCGUCCUGAAGAAGGAUGUGGAUGCUGCUUACAUGAGCAAGGUAGACCUGGAGUCCAAGGUGAAUGUUCUGUUUGGAGAGAUCAGUUUCCUGAAGUAUUUAUUUGAGAUGGAGCUGUCGCAGAUGCAAACCCACAUCAGCGACACCAAUGUCAUCUUGUCUAUGGACAAUAAUCGCUUCCUGGACCUGGACAGCAUCAUCGAUGCGGUGAGGACCCAGUAUGAGCUGAUCGCACAGAAGAGCAAGGAUGAGGCCGAGGCGCUGUACCAGACCAAGUACCAAGAGCUCCAGAUCUCAGCGGGAAGACACGGAGACAAGCUGAAGAACAGCAAGAUGGAGAUCGCUGAGCUCCACCGCACCAUCCAGAGGCUGCAGGCAGAGAUCAGCAACAACAAGAAGCAGAUUGAGCAGAUGCAUAUGGCCAUUUCGGAUGCAGAGGAGAGAGGAGAGCAGACCCUUCAGGAUACGCGGCAGAAGCUGCAGGACAUGGAGGAGGCCCUGCAGCAGUCCAAGGAGGAGCUUGCCCGACUGCUGCGAGACUACCAGGCGCUGCUGGGGGCCAAGCUGUCCCUGGACGUGGAGAUUGCCACCUACUGCAAGCUGCUGGAGGGCGAGGAGAGCAGGAUGUCAGGGGAGCUGCAGAGCCACGUGAGCAUCUCUGUGCAGAGCAGUCAGACCACCAUCAGCGGCGGCGGCCGAGGCUCUGGAGGCUCCGGCGGCGGCGGCUCCCGCGGGGGCGGCGGCGGCGGCUACGGAGGGGGCUCCCGAGGGGCCAGUGGAGGUGGAUACGCGGGUGGCGGCGGCGGCGGCGGCGGCGGCGGGAGCUACGGAGGGAGCAGCCGGAGCAGCAGCAAGUACGGGGGCAGAGGCGGCGGCGGCUCGUCCCGCGUGCAGAUCAUCCAGACCUCCACCAACACUUCCCCCAAGCGAAUCGUGGAGUAGAGGGAGGCUCACACAGCCCCGCCGGCAGGGCGCUCUCCUGUCUCCUCCCCGGCGCCCUUUCUGAACCCCUCUCACUUACCUUUCCCUCAUGGGUCUCUGCAGCUUUGCUAACGCGUUCCACGCUAGCUGGGGAAGCAGGCGGAUAACCCCAAACAGCAGAUCUGUCUUUGGAGGGCGCUGGCUGGCUGACAGAAUCACAGCCAGACCGCUCUCCACUCAGACUCCACUCUGCUGGCCCUGCCCCUGCCCCUGCGGACAUCCAGGGGCCCAGUCUAGCCCUGGAGAAAAAGAGCCUGUAGAGUAUCUACAGAGCGGAUAAUGGAGAGUUAAUGUCAAGGACACCAGGUUUCUCACCCCCAGGCUCCCUUUCCUACACCUGGGCUGCCCUGUGAACAAUAAUCCAUCCCUUAGGGGACCCACAGAACGAGGCCUUUGGGCGAGUAGCUUGGCAAGAGGAACCUCUGUGCCGGGGACCCAUUCCUGUCUGUUGGUCUGUUAGCCUCAUACUUGCAUGUUGAUGGAGAGUAUGGAUUUGCUGUCCUCAUCAGACACCUUGAAGUAUGUCUGGUCCUGAUUCUGCAUCUCCAUCUUAAGAAGCAUUAUUCUCUGGGCUAACAGCUCAAGGUGGGAAUAUUUCAGAGGGCAUGCAUCCUUGUCCCCUGGGAGGACUAAUUAUUCCCAAAUAGAGGAGUCAGUGGGGGAAACCAUGGAGUUCUGUUCUGUCCUGCCCCUCCUGACAGCUCCAAUUCUUUGGCAGCCUGGCCCUUCCUGAGCUCUGCUCCAUAAUGGCCCUCCUGAGAAUUGUCCAGGAAGCUGGGCACGUGCCACCUAGAGCUGCUGUGUCCAGGUGCCAGGCCCAGAGGAAUUGGAAGAUUAAGCAUGGGUCUUGGGAGGGUUCAAUCCUGAUCAGUCCGGAAGCUGCCUGUUAUGUGUAAGGAAGCAUGGAGCCCUUUCCUGGGCUCUCAGAGUCCCUCUGCCUCCUGUUCUCUGUGACUGAGCACUUCCUGAGAAUUUAACCCUUCCUUUCAGGCCUUACACACAAUGUUUGAGAUGCGCUGGAGGGGACAGGAAGGGGAAACUAUAAGCCAACUAGCAGGCCUGCAGAGGGGGAGGGUGGUGUUGCUUCUAAGAACUGGAGUCACCUUUGCUUUCUUGCUGAGUCCUAAUGCAACCUCCAAGUCCCUGAUUCUCUCUGGGGCAUCGGAUGGGCUCAGUGGGGGUCCCUUGCGGAGUGGUGUGACCGCAUCAUUUCCUGGUUGAAGGGCGUACCUUGA